AAAUAUUUGUACCUACCUGAUUUUAUCGUCCAGUCUCAACAAUUCUAUCGAACUACAUUAAAACUUUAUCAGUACUUAAAAAAAACAAUAAAUGACACUGAAAUAGUGCAUUUCGCCGUGUUAUUAACACAAUAACAAGUGAUUUUGUAAUAAUACCACGAACUCAAGUAAUUUAUUUUAGUAUGAGCACCCACCAUGUUGAAAAAAAUUUACUUCGUCCUUCUGGUACCCACCAUCUUGUUGAUAAUUUUCUACCACCAGAACAAGGUACCCAAAAAAUCAAACCCCGACUCUAAAAAGUCCCUAAAUAUCGGAAACGUCCCCGAAAUCUACCUCUCCGACGCGAAAAUCACCAAAUCAAUCAACCACAGUUGUGCCAACUUCCCCCAACUAUCCGAUCUUCACUUCAACAACAACUACUGGCAGUUACAACAAACCACAUUCGGGGAUUUCUACCUCUUUGGGGCCUAUUUGGACCAACGCCACGACCCCGUAGUUCGCAUCUUGGCGCUGUAUGAGGAGUACCAACCCCAGAACACGUACUUCUGCCAACUGUGGUACGACAAUUCCCCCAGACCGCUCAUUGUCGAGAGCGAUGUUCCCUAUUGGUUGUUUCGGCAUAACUGGGGGGCUGAUAACAAGGCAUACAAGCACCCUUAUCUUAUCACAUGUCCGGUGGAUUUGAUCAAAGGACAGAAACCCUCAAGUGUGUCUUUGGUCGAAAAACCGUGUGACAAUGCGAGCAAUAAUUUGCGAAUUUUUGAGAGUUUUUCCAAACGUCGGAAAAAUUUUCUUGUGUGUGUCAAGGGGCUGUUUUACCCGUUUGAGGACAAGACGCACCGUUUGGUGGAGUGGAUCGAACUUUUGGGGCUCUUGGGGGUGGAAAAAAUCCACUUUUUCGAGCUAAAUGUUCACCCAAACACGAAAAAAUUGCUCAGUUAUUACGAAAAUCACGGGAGGAUUGAAGUCACGCCUUUGUCGGUUGCUGGGAGUGUCUCAAACAACCCCCAGGCGGUGGAGCGGUUCCUUCGGGAGAAGUACACGGAGAGGCGCCUCCAGGAGGUGAUCCCGUACAACGACUGUCUCUACCGCCACCUCCACGAGUUCAAAUACGUGGUUUUGUUAGAUACUGAUGAAGUCAUUAUUCCAGCCGAGAACACUUGGCUUGAAUUAAUAGAAACCUUGCAAGAUAUUCUGCCAAAUAGUUCGUCCUACAUGGCCAGAAAUGUGUACUUUUGGGACAACCCCUCGCAUCAGCACGAGUGGUUUGAGGGGAUUCCCCGCCACAUGCACAUGUUGCAGCACGUUUUCAGGGCGCGAAAGCACACAAAGCCGAUGUAUUUCGUGAAGGGGUUUCAUGAUACGAGACUUGUGAUUGCAUUACAUAAUCAUUUUCCGUUCUUGUGUUACAAAAAGUGUGAUUUUACUGAGAUUGAUUUGGGUUUGGCGCAUUUGCAGCAUUAUAGGGCUGAUUGUGCCUAUGGGGUUAAAAAUUGCGGGGUGAUGAAGAGUGAGAGUGCUAUGGAUACGCGAGUGUGGAAUUUUAAGCACGAGCUAGUGAAGCGAGUGGAGAAAACUUUGGCGGAUUUAAAUUUGACGCUAAAGAUGGAGGUUUAACUGUAACUCAAUGACUAAUAAAUUUUGUAUUGGAUUGUUAA